AGCAUAGACCUAUAUAGUAGGGACACGACAUAUUGUUCUAUACGUACAAUUGCUUAUAUAAAUAGCACCCAUUUUGAAGGCACAUACAUAAACAUAUAUCUAUCUCGUUCUUACUCAGCACUUUAACUCGCAGGAAAACAAUAUAACAGUAUUUCAGUGCGUACAUAAAAUGAAACAUGAAUAUACGUAAAUAUCUCCGUCUCCGUCUAAUGAGGCCGAAAAUCCGCCAUGUUUAGCGCGCCAAAUGUCAUUGUCACGUCAGUUCGGCCGUCUGUUUUGGGUUGUACAUUAUUUAUUGACUAUGAUAUCGAUUUAAUAUGAUUGAUUAUAUAAAAUUUCAUAAUUUAUCAUGCUUAAAACAUACAAAAAUAAUAAUUAAAACGUAUUUUAUAGGAUCUCAAGAAAGUCGAUGUCCUAAAACUAUUAUCUAUAUGUAUUUAAAUUCAUUAUGGAGCCCUCAUCCGAAAAAUCCAUUUUUCGGUCGAAAUCUAUUGAUCAUGACACUAAUCAUAAAUACCACUUUAAAAUAUGUCAUCAAAACAUAUUUAGACAUUCUGUUUAGAUAUUUCGGGAAAAAGGCUACCGACAAAAUCUCUUCGGAACUAUUUAAAUAAAAUAGUUUUAUUCCGCAGUGAGUAAAACACUAUUGUAAAUUUGUUAAAUAUUUAAUAAUUAAGUGAUUUUAGAGAGGAAGUCACAAGGAAUGACGUUUGUAAUUAAUGAAUAAAUGUUCUGUAGGUGUUUUUUUUUUCACGCGGUCCCUUGAUAAGUUUAAAAUUUGAAUCACUCUCAAGCGAAAGUGAUUCAAAUGGUGCGGCGCACCUUCCUUGGGGUGCGCUGCGGUAGUAUGUUACGGACUUUAGAGUCAGCAAAACAAUUAAAAUAGAUUGUAAUAGUCUAAGAAAAACACGUACUCAAAAUACGAUAACAUUUAGCAUGCUAGAAAUGGGCUGAUGGCUUUGAACUACGCCAUAUCUUUAUGUUUUGCGACAAACGACAACUUUAUAAAAUCAGUGUAGCAACUUUUAAAAAUCAUCAUAUCGUUUACUUGGCAAAUUCGAAGGACGAACUUGUCUUAGAUUUCACCCAUCUAAAUCAUAUCAUAUUUGCACAUAACAAUAUACCUACUUACUUCCCAUUAAAGUAUAAAUUCUACAAAUAAAUAAUACUCAACAAUAUUUAAAAUAAAAUGAGCCAAGAACGUUUAUCGAUAAAACCUGAUAACAUUGAAAUCUUUUGUACAGCACUAAAGCCGCCAUGUUUUGUGGCCAGAUGACGUCACAGUGGCACGAAAUUUUGGUUGACGUUUCAUUUCCAUAGGUUUCCUACUUCAUUGGAUUUGAGAAGUUGCAUCAAAGUUUCUAACGAGAUUACAAUAUUUACAAUUAAAUAAGUACAAAUAAUAUCCAAAGAAUAUUAAUGUAUGCAAACGCCAUUUAAGCUGAAAUUAUUAAUAGUACAAUCGCAAUUACAAUUAUAAUGAAUGCAUUGGAAUGCAACAGUAUUUAAAUAACGAUUGUAGGUAAAAAUCGCAACUUUACGUGUCAAUAAAAUUCAAUACGCAGCUUGGAUAUACGGUUCGAUUCGCCGCCGGUAUGAUUUUUCUCAGAAAUGUCAGAAAUAAAGUAUAAAAAUCAAAUAUUGGCAGCUAUUGAUCACUUGCGCGCCAGAAAGUCACGUCCAGAUGCGAACAGAAUUUGUAAAUUUAUGUUGAAGUGCUAUAAAGUACAACCAAAGGACACAAAAGCAGAUCUAAAGCGCUGCCUUAAAGAGAAAAGUAUAUAUAAAGUAGAUUAUAAAGAUAAUGUGAGCUACAGGAACGCUGCUAAGUGGAGAAAGAAAUCAAAAAACAACACCAUGUCUGCUGCAAUUGCAACAAGUGAACGCCGAAUUAUAACAUCGGCUAUAGCAACACUUAUCUACCAAGAUCAAAGUUAUUUAGAAAAUGGAAUUGCCUUUGAUGACCUUAUAAAAGCUGCUUCUGAUCAGGAAUCAAAGUACUCCAAAAAACAAUUGGAGAAUAUUGUAAACAAAGAAUUAAGCUCUGGUAGUUUAGUGAAAUUACCAAAUGGUAAUUUAGCUUUGGGACCAGCAGACCAUGAUGUAGAUAGCUCUGAUAGUUUUAGAUUUGAGAGUAAUGCAGAUUCCAAUACGAAAAUGACGUCCUCAGCUAAUUCUUCAUGCAGAUCAUCUCCACAAAGAACUAGAGGACGGCCUAAAAAACGUGGUGGAGGUGUUUCUGGUGGGCAUAGUAAUAAUACAACUCGCAGCACUGCAGUACGUGUAGGAGAACGACGAAAAAUGGCAAAAAAAGUAUUUGAUCCAUCAGAUAACAAUGUGCCGAGCAAAAGAAAAAGGGGUCGUCCUGUGGGGUCCUUGAACAAGAGCACAAUAAAAAAAAGAUUGAUGGUGGCUGGACAUAUUAAGGAUGAUGCACCAUUAUCAGAAAGCCAAUUUUCUUUGGAUGGAAGUGGUGAUGAAAUAGACCAGGAAGAUUCUUUGCCGCAUGAAGAAUCAGGUGGAGUUUGCUCAGUUUGCCUUGUACAAAAACCACGAGGAUCAAAUGAUAGACUUGUUGAAUGCCGUGAUUGCAGCAACAAAGCUCAUAUAAGCUGUUUGCAAUCAGGUUCCAAUAUUUUAAAACCAAGGCCUGACAACACAUGGCAAUGUCCUCAUUGUAAAACAUGUGUAAUAUGCUGUGAAACUAAUGAUGCUGGUGUUCUCACUGUCUGCAGUGUUUGCUCUGAUGCUUAUCAUGCACUUUGCCAUGCACCUCAGAUACCAGAUAGAUUGAAAGCUUGGGAUCAAUGGGAAUGCAAUAAUUGCCUUGAAUCUCGACCAACUGUGAUAGGGUCACCCGCCAUAAUACCCAGAAGCUUUGACUACAGUGGACAAAAUUCACCAAAUGUUGAUCCUUUCUUGAAGCCACAUGAACUAGAUAGAGCACCAUCCAAAUUAUCUAUGGAUACACCAAUAGAUCCAAGCAUACCUGACAUAACACAUUGGAAUACUGAUGAUGUUUUUGAGUACUUUUCAAAGCAUCAUCCUGAAGCUGCCCCUAUUCUCAGAGAUCAGGAAUUUGAUGGCCAAGCUUUAAGUAUGGCAUGUCGUGCUGACAUUGUAAGGGGUCUGGGGUUACCUCUUGGACCUGCCCUGGCAUUAUAUCGUAUUGUGGUGAAACUACAAACAAGGAAGGAUGAUUGGACAAUGUGUUGGGGCUAAAAUUAAAAUAGAGAAGUACCUAGAAAGUUCAUAAAUAAGAUUUAUUAUAAAUUUAUAAUAUAAAUAUGAAAUCGAUACACAAACUUUACCUUUAUUUUCAUUCUAUAUUAUGUAGCAUGUGCACAUUACGAAGCUAGUGGUAAGGUAAAUAGUGUUGAUUUUUAUUAACAACCAAUAAAAAUUAUAACAUAAAA